AUAGAUCUCUUCUUGAGACACGUUCGUAUAUUUAGUGUUGAAACGAACGUUAACAUUACGAUUAUAAAGUGAUUUUUCAUUAAAAAUAACGGAAGUUUUAUAAACUGCAACCACAAUGUUGUUAGCCACGUGGUUAAUAUCAGAUAUUUUGGCUGUAUCAAGUCUUAUAAUUGUCGGAUUCUAUGUUUAUUAUAAAUUUCAUAUCUCUAAAUUUUGGAAAAAAAAAGGAAUAUUUUAUCUCGAACCUACAUUUCCCACUGGGAAUAUAAUGCCAUUUGUAACCGGUAAAAUAUCACAAGCCGAGUUUUUCAGAGAUAUUUAUGAACAACAUAAAAAUCAUCCUCUUAUUGGCAUAUAUAUGCUUCAUAAACCAUUUUUAAUUGUGAAUGAUCCUGAUUUAAUCCGAGAUGUACUAACAAAAGAAUUUACAAGUUUUCACGAUCGUGGAUUAUUUUGUAAUGAAGAAAUUGAUCCACUAUCUGGUCAUCUAUUUCAAUUACCUGGGAAAAAGUGGAGAAAUUUGAGAGUGAAAUUAACACCAACUUUUACUUCAGGAAAGAUUAAACAAAUCUUCCCAAUUAUGAAAGACUCCGGAAAUACUUUGUCGGCAUAUCUAGCAGAAAAGGCAGAGACAAAAUCAGUUGUUGACGUAAAAGAUAUAUUUGCAAAAUAUUCUGUCGAUAUUAUUAUGUCAGCGGCAUUUGGAAUAUCGUGUAACAGCUUUAAAAACCCAGAUAAUGAAUUUCGUUACUGGGGAAAAAAAAUAUUUGAUCCGAGACCUUUGUGGAAUGCUCUUGUUAUAUGGGCUCCACAAAUCUUUAAUCUUUUUUCGAUACCAUUUACUGAAAAAGAUAUUACAAACUUUUUCUUGAAAACAUUUAAAGAAACUGUAGAAUAUAGAGAAGCAAAUAAUAUCGAAAGAAAAGAUUUUUUGAAUUUACUGAUGCAAUUAAUGAGAAAUGGAUAUGUGGAAGUAGAUGAUAAUUCAAAUAGCUCAAAUAGCUCAAAUGUUGCAAAAAAUAAAUUAACGAUGACGGAGGCUGCGGCACAAGCUUAUGUUUUUUACUUAGCUGGUUUUGAAACAUCUUCAACUACAGCUACAUUCUGUUUAUAUGAAUUAGCGCAACAUCAAGAUAUACAAAAUAAAGUACGUAAAGAAAUUCAAACACAAAUUGAGAAACAUGGUGAUUUGACAUAUGAUGCUGUAAAUGAUAUGACUUAUCUUCAUAAAGUAAUCUCCGAAACUUUGCGGAAAUAUCCACCGGUUGUUGUACUAAACCGUAUUUGUACAAAGGAAACAAAAUUAAACGGAACAGACUUUGUCAUACCUAAGGGAACUAAUGUGGUAAUACCCGUUUUCGGUAUUCACCGAAAUUCUGACGUAUUUCCUGAUCCGAAUAAAUUUGAUCCAGAACGAUUCUCUGAAGAAAAUAUAAAAACUAGGCAUUCUUAUACAUAUCUACCAUUUGGCGAAGGACCAAGAAUAUGCAUUGGAAUGAGAUUUGGCCUUGUACAAACAAAAUAUGCUGUAAUAAGUUCUUUAUUGAAAAAUAAAUUCACACUUGCACCGAAUAUGUCAUCUACUUUAGAAUAUGAAGAAGGAUCUCUUGUAUUGAUGGCGAAAGGAGGUAUACACUUAACUGUUGAACCGCUAAAAUAAUUGUUAAAUAUGUAAGAUACACAUUUCUAAAUUAUUUUUGCACUUUUCUUUUUAAUUAUUUUCGAUACAAAUAAUUCUUCAAUCAUACAAAAAUAAAAUUAUACAAAUAAAUUU